AUGCACCUCCUACCAAAAGCAGCGACCGUGACGAAGCGCAAGAUGCUUGGCUUGACCACCGGCGAUGAUUGCAGUACGACAAAAACGUUGGAACCAUCGGUGCAGCUGCACCCUCUUGUGGGCUACGCGUCCACCGUCUCCCUUCCGACGGUGUACUCGGCUCUCGUGAAGGUCACGAACCGCGUGUUGUCGUUUGCUGCUGCAGGAGGGGAAGACCGGCUCAGCAGAGAGGGCUUCCGCGAACUGCUCGCGCUCAUUGGGCCUGCGGAGGUGCUCAGUGCCGAGUACGCUGACAGAAUGUUUACCACGCUGCCUUCGUACAACGCCGAUAGCGACACCACAGAGGCGUUGGCCAUCUUUACUCUGUUGAUCGAGCACCGGCACCAUCCUCGGCUGAACUCCAACGUGGAGGCGCUGUUCGGGGCAUUUGACACGGACGCCAAAGGUGUCGUGCCCGCAGAGGUUCUUUAUCCGAACGUACUCGCGGACUGGGCCUCGCAGCGCACCUUUGGGAAUCUGCGCGACCAGUGGCAGCGUUUCGCCGCUGUGAUUAGUCUGGAGAGCGAGAGGAACACGGAUGCGCUUCCACUUCUGCCUCCUUUGGCUUCACGUACCGCUAUCCGCGCAGCGUUGUGCAGCGUUGCCGCCAUCUACACCGCGACCUGCUCGCUAGACCUCGACGGCAGCUCUCUGUAG